UCUCACAGCCGCUGUCUGGAUGUCCAUGAAAGGCAGAGGAUCCAAAUACGAGAAAAGAGUGUCGUUUUCUGAGGAUGAAGAUGAGCAGUGCUGGAAAGAGGAGAACGGCGGUGUGGACGCACAUCACCUGAAAUCCGUCAAGACGGUCAGCGAUUCAUCUGGAUAUUACCGGUACAACAUGAAAUCUUCGGAUACGUUCCCCCAUCGCAGGAUGACCCUACCACGAGAAAAGGGCCGACGACAGGCGGUUCGCGGACCGGCGUUCAUGUUCAACACCCGUGGCAGCAGCCUCACGGCGGAGGAAGAACGCUUUUUGGACGCGGCGGAGUACGGCAACAUCCCGGUGGUCCGUAAAAUGCUGGAAGAAUCACCCACACUCAACGUGAACUGUGUCGACUAUAUGGGACAGAACGGGCUACAGCUGGCCGUCGGCAACGAACACCUGGAGGUCACCGAGCUGCUCCUGCAGAGAGACAACCUGGCCCGUGUCGGGGAUGCGCUUCUGCUGGCGAUUUCCAAAGGUUACAUGCGUAUUGUGGAGGCCCUGCUGGCACAUCCGUCCUUUGCGGGCGGCGAACGACUCACCCGCAGCCCCUGCGAGUUGCAAGACGACGACUUUUACUCGUACGACGAGGACGGCACACGGUUCUCACCCGAUAUCACGCCUAUCAUCCUGGCCGCCCACUGCCAGAAAUACGAGGUCGUGCACAUGCUCCUGAUGAAGGGCGCCAGGAUCGAGCGGCCUCACGACUACUUCUGCAAAUGCGCUGACUGCACGGAGAAGCAGAGGAAGGACUCGUUCAGCCACUCGCGGUCCAGGAUAAAUGCGUACCGUGGACUGGCCAGUCCGGCUUAUCUCUCUCUGUCCAGCGAAGACCCCGUACUGACCGCGCUAGAGCUGAGCAAUGAGCUCACCAAACUCGCCAACAUCGAAAAAGAAUUUAAGGAUAAAAAGAACCGUAAUAAAGAGACAUCGCAGCACAAUGGCUUCUUUCUGAAUGACUACAGGAAGCUAUCUAUGCAGUGUAAAGACUUUGUAGUUGGCGUUUUGGAUCUGUGCAGGGACACGGAGGAGGUGGAGGCCAUCUUGAAUGGAGAUAUAUCCGCCGAGCUCGAAGAAGGCCAGCAUCAUCGCUCCCUGCUCAGUCGUGUCAAACUGGCCAUUAAAUACGAGGUUAAGAAGACAGAUAUAAAGCUGUGCACCCUGAUCAGAUUGGAGCUUCGCCAGGCUGUUGAGGAAGCUCAUGCAUGUAACCUGAGAGGAAGACACCUCAGGAACCUUUUCAAGGGUCUGUCACCGCUGUUUGGAUUCCCUCCAAGCCACACUCAUUUACUCACCGCAGAGGAUCAGAUGGUUCUCGCUGUAGCUCUAGGGCAGCUCUUUAUUAAUGACAGGAGAGAAAGGGCUGCCACGGGCUGCAGAUGCUGCACUUAUGAUGAUCGUGGAGAAGACAUGCACAGUUUAGUGAAUUACAAUAAUGUCUGUGAUGCUUCUCUGGGGAUUUCAACUGUUCAGGCUCAGUUAGACAGAUUUGUGGCUCAUCCUAACUGCCAGCAGCAGUUGCUGACGAUCUGGUAUGAGAAUCUGUCUGGUCUUCGGGAGCAAACCACUGCAGUCAAGUGUCUGGUGGUUUUGGUGGUGGCGCUGGGACUCCCUCUGCUAGCUGUGGGGUAUUGGUUUGCCCCGUGCAGUAAGCUUGGUAAAAUACUACGCAGUCCUUUUAUGAAGUUUGUUGCUCAUGCGGCCUCCUUUAUCAUCUUCCUGUGUCUGCUGGUGUUCAAUGCGUCCGAUCGGUUUGAUGGCAUCACCACCCUUCCCAACGUCACCGUCACCGACUACCCACUCCAGAUCUUCAGAGUCAAGACCACACAAUUCACCUGGACAGAAAUACUGAUCAUGGUCUGGGUAGCAGGAAUGAUGUGGUCGGAGUGUAAGGAGCUCUGGACGGAGGGUCCGAGGGAAUAUGUCAUGCAGCUCUGGAAUGUGCUGGAUUUCGGCAUGCUCUCCAUCUUCAUUGCGGCAUUCACCGCCCGUUUUUUCGCCUUCCUGCAGGCCAUGAAAGCCCAGAAGUAUGUGGAUGAGAAGAUCCAUGCUCCAGACCUCUCAAUGGUCACGCUGCCGCCGGACAUCAAAUAUUUCACAUACGCGAGAGACAAGUGGCUUCCAUCGGAUCCUCAGCUGAUCUCUGAGGGUCUGUACGCCAUUGCUGUGGUCCUGAGCUUCUCUCGCAUCGCCUACAUCCUGCCGGCUAACGAGAGCUUCGGGCCGCUGCAGAUCUCACUGGGACGAACAGUGAAGGACAUCUUCAAGUUCAUGGUCCUCUUCAUCAUGGUCUUCCUCGCAUUCAUGAUUGGCAUGUUCAUCCUCUACUCCUACUACCUGGGGGCAAAGGUUAACCCCGCCUUCACCACGGUUGAGGAAAGCUUUAAAACUCUCUUUUGGUCCAUAUUCGGCCUGUCUGAGGUGUCUUCUGUGGUGUUGAAAUAUGAUCAUAAAUUUAUCGAAAACAUCGGCUACGUGCUGUACGGGAUCUACAAUGUUACCAUGGUGGUGGUUCUGCUCAACAUGCUUAUUGCCAUGAUAAACAGCUCAUACCAGGAAAUAGAGGAUGAUGCAGAUGUGGAGUGGAAGUUUGCUCGGUCUAAACUCUGGCUCUCAUAUUUUGACAACGGCAAGACUCUCCCGCCUCCAUUCAGCAUCGUCCCCAGUCCGAAGUCCUUCUAUCUGUGUAUCAAGAGACUGAUCAACCUGCUCCGGUGUCGCCGGCGCCGCCUAAAAAAAGACGUGGAGCUGGGCAUGGACAACUCGAAGUCCAGGCUGAACCUCUUCACCCAGUCGAGCAUGAGGAUGCCGGACUCUCACAGCUUCAACAGCAUCCUAAAUCAACCCACACGCUAUCAGCAAAUUAUGAAGCGUCUCAUCAAACGCUAUGUACUGAAAGCACAAGUGGACAAAGAAAAUGAUGAAGUGAAUGAAGGGGAGCUGAAGGAGAUCAAGCAGGAUAUUUCCAGUCUGCGAUAUGAACUGCUAGAGGAGAAAUCUCAGGCCACAGAAGAGCUCUCACUCCUCAUACAGAAACUCAGUGACAAACUCAACCCUUCUGUCCAUCCGCACAGAGCCAAUGAAGGGUGAAGUCAUUCUUUAUGUUAAAUACUUUAUUACAUUUCAAUUUUAAUAUGCAGAACAUCUGCCAUUGUUCUAAGUUUUGUCUGAAUAAUGGCAGAUGAAGGCAU